GUGCGUUCCAAUUGUGUGUUUCUCUGGCAUUGUGUUGUCUCUCUUGAUUUAUUCGUAUUUAUUAUUUGCCAUUACAUACACAUACCUGCCACGUUGUGUUCUUCCAUGAAGAUAUAGUUGCCACAGAAUUUGCGCUGAUAGUCUUGAUCACAAUAGUUGGCUGAGUAGCAGUUAAUCACCAUGUCGUCUGAGUCUGACACCAUUGAACGGCUGGUGGACCAGCGGUUCGACUCGGGCCCCUCUCUGUCGUUCCCCUGUGGCGACCCGGACCCGGGGGCCGAGGGGGACGCAUCUACUGACCAGUCGGCGCCGCUGCCGUGUCUCUGUUGUUCCGCCGAGUUCCCGUCCUCCGACCGGGACGCGCUCUCCGCCCACCUGCUGUCCGAGCACUGUCUGGUCGUGGCCGACCUGGCCCUGGUGGCCGACCUCGACCAGUACUGCCGGUACUGGGCACCUCGACUGUGUGCCGACGGCGGCCUCCGAGAGUACUGCUUCACCGUGCUCACCAACACGGGUCCCAGCGACGCGGCGCCCUCCGAGGAGUACUUCCUGCUGUCGCCCUCCUUGUUUACUCUCCUUGUUUACUUGGGUUCCAUAGCAUUUACGCCACUUUAA